UCCCUAUCCCGGUUGACAAGGCUAACAAUGUCUGGCACCUUAAAAUGGAUUCUACUCCUCAUCGUUGUUACUAUUCGGGCACAGGAUCCUCGUCGAAGAAGCUUCUACUUCUGUUCAAACAACGACUACCUAGAACUUACAAAAGCCGACAACGAAAAGCUGGCUUGUCCGGAUGGUAGAUGUAUAGCGAAGAGAUUUGAUUCUGACGAGGGACCUUUUUGGGCCAAUAGAGGCAAGAAAGAUCCCACAUAUCUCAACGUACCACUUUAUGCGGAGGAACCCUACUGGGUACUUCUGAAAAACGAAAACCAAGCCCAAGGAGACCCCUUCUUUCUCUCCAGAGGCAAAAAAGAAACUGGGUCGAUAUUUAGCUCGAAAUUAAGGGAUGCUAGGGACUUUGCUCCGGACAACGAUACCCCCUUCUUUGCAGCGAGAGGCAAACGCGUUAAAGCUAAAAAUUAAUUUGGAAAAAAUAUUUAUUAUUUAAGUUUAUUCUAGAUAACAUUAUUUAUUGAAUCACAAAACAAUUAUGUUUCCGUUAUUUUCUGUAAUAAAAUAAUUGAAAUAAAUCGACAAAUACAUCCUCUGAGGUUAA